AGUGCAUAUCUAUAAAAUUAAUGAGACAUGAGAGAAUAAAAUGGAGAGAAUCAUUGAAUAAUAUGAUCUUAAAAUUCUAGUUGCAUUAUUCUUUCAACAUCUUAUAACUUGGAACAUUGGGGUCUUUUUGUUUACAAACAUGUUGAAAUACUAGUAUCAUAAAAUAAAAUUAAAGGCUAUUGUGGGAAUUUCCACCUGAAACUCCAGUCCACAGCUUGCAAUCAUCUAUUUAAUGCAAUGCAGCUAUUAUCUCUGACAUUGUCUGCCUACUGCUAUGUCUCUGUGUCUUUUCCUAUGAAUUCAUCAUUCGAGCAUCUUCUACUACAUAUAUGAAACAUCUCCUCCUAAUUUCACAUUCAUAGAGAACCAAAAUAUACGAGAGAAUGGGGUUUCCAACCGAGGUUGUGUUGCCAAAGGUAUUUAUUCAGCUUCUUUCAGUAUUAGCUUCCAUCAGGAAACUCGUUACUGUCUUUUUCUGUUAUUUUGGUUUCGAAUCGGACUCUGAAUUUCAAUCAGUCAACCCUCGGCUACUCUUCAGAGAAAUCCUUCCGGUGGUGAAAUUCUCGGAGCUGGAGCUAGCGGUGGUAGAAUGCUCACAGGAUGGCUGUGCCGUUUGUCUUUGCGAAUUCAAGGCGGAGGACGAGAUCCAACGGCUGACAAACUGCCGUCACUUGUUCCAUAAACAGUGCCUCGACCGUUGGAUGGGAUACUAUAAUACAACAUGUCCUUUGUGCCGCACAACUUUCCUACCUCAUCAUCAAAUGCAAGAUAGAUGAUUUCUUGUACCAUCAUUAUCCUCUUCCGGUUAUGUCUUUCUAGUUUCUUCUCUGUAUAGAUUAUAUGAAUUUACGAAACUUCAAAGACAAGUGAAUUGUGGUUAAUGUUAUGCAUUA